AUGGAGAGAGAUAGGAAGGAUAAAGAAAUGAAGGAACUGAAGGAAGCAAUGAAUGUACAAGCAAAAAUGAUGAACAGCUUAAUGUCUCAGCUCAAAUCUCAAGGACAUAUCUGUUUGCAGACUGGAAAAUUCAAACAAACGUCUCUUGCUUCUGAGCAUCAGUCCCUUAACUCUCAGGACGAAUCUCAAUCUAAAGACCAAACUGAGUUGUCAACGAUUGGUAAGUGCAAACUGGCUAGUGCGACACUGAGAAACAUCAUUGCAUUGGGUACCAUUCUUCCAUCAAAACCAAAUCAGUUAGUACAUGGAGAUCCACUCAAGGAUGAUUGUGUUAAAGUGUCGGUUGAUAAAGCGAUAUUUCCGAAUCAUUCUCUGCCAAUCCAAUCUUCUCAUCUCAAAACAGUAAGGGAUGCUGAAAAAUCUUUUGUAGCUUGGCCCAAAGAGUUUGUGAUCUCUUGCUCUACUAACCAACCACUUUCAGACCCUGGUGAACAUGAUGCCGACCCAAAGACUAAGAAGACAAAGAAGAAGAAGAAACCUUCGACGAAGAGUGGGGAACUGAAGUCUCAGAGAUCCAGCAAGAGACUCAAGACUGCAGCCUAAUUAACUAAGAGAAAUAGUUGUGGACUGAAGAGUUCGGAUGUUUAAGAUUUAAAUUUCCCUUUCAAAUUUUGUUAUCUUAAGGUUAUUGCCCAACUGUUCAGAUAUUGAGAUGUUUAUCAUAUGAUUAAUAAAAUUUAUUUUUGGUUCAA